AUGAAGUUAAAUAUUGCAUUCCCAGCCAAUGGUACUCAGAAGAGUAUUGACAUUGAUGAUGAGCUCAAGUUGAGAACUUUCUACGAGAAGAGAAUCGGUCAGGAGGUUCAGGCUGAUGAUCUUGGAGACGAGUUCAAGGGUUACGUCUUUAAGGUUGCCGGUGGUAACGACAAGCAGGGUUUCCCAAUGAGACAGGGUAUUGUUGCUCCAGGUAGAGUUAAGUUGCUCUUUGCCGAUGGCAGCCCAUGUUACAGAAUCAGAAGAAAGGGUGAGAGAAGAAGAAAGUCUAUCAGAGGUUGUAUCGUCGGUAGUGACUUGGCUGCUCUUAACUUGAUUGUCAUCAAGCAGGGUGAAAAGGACAUCGAGGGUUUGACCGAUGUUCAGGCUCCAAAGAGAUUGGGACCUAAGAGAGCUAACAACAUCAGAAAGUUCUUUGGUUUGACCAAGGAGGACGAUGUCAGACAGUUCGUUAUCAGAAGAGAGCUUGUCAAGGGUGAAAAGAAGUACACGAAGGCUCCAAAGAUCCAGAGAUUGGUUACUCCACAGAGACUCCAGAGAAAGAGAGCUGUCAGAGCACACAAGAUCAAGAAUGCUCAGGCACAGAGGGAUGCUGCUGCCGAGUAUGCCCAGCUUUUGGCUACUCGUUUGCACGAGCGUAAGGCAGAGAAGGCAGAGAUCAGAAAGAGAAGAGCUUCUUCGUUGAAGGCUUAA